AUGGCUUGGACGGGCAGGGAAGGUGCGGGGAGCUGGACGUGGUUCCCUGCCUGGAGGAGUCGCAGGUGGAGAAGGUCGUCGAGUAUGGUGGCUACAUCAACGUCCCAACCAAGAGCUGGCUAUGCGAUGGAGGGAGUUGUGGCUUCCACAGUAGAAGCGUAUUGCAGCUCCCAACCAAGGUGCCUUUGGGUCCUUCAUUUCAGAGAAUUCCAUGCUGUGAUGGAGAGCUUGCGCAGGUGUCCGACCGUGGGCGAAAAUGUGAACGUGUUCCUGAAGAAGGAUGUGCCCGAGCCUCUCCACUACAAGGCACAUCGCCUCAUACUGGAGAUUGUCGUCAUUGCGAAGGAGGGGUAUAUGAUACGCCCGCCCCAGACCGCCUACUCAGUGCCCGAGAGCGCGGGCUCCUACGAGGGAAACCACGGCCUCGACAACACGAAUGGACGCAACCCCGACAUGCGCGCUGUUCUCUAUGCCGUCGGGCCAUACUUUGCUCCGGGAGUCCGAGCCGGGGUGGUGGAGCAGGUCGACGUGUACAACCUCCUGUGCCGAAGUGUCCAGCUCCAGUGCCACGCCAACAACGGCACCUUGGCCCACGUGGAGGCGUUCUUCCGACCCGGAGUCCCCCUCCAGAGUAGUGCUAUGUCGAGGGGCGGGAUACCUCUGGCCGCUCUGAUGGCCAUCGUGUCCGCGCUGCUCUUGCUUUGAUCGGGGUCUGCCAUUUUCCGUGGCAUCAGCACAGGACGCACUUCUCUCUUUUUCCAAGAUUUUAGAACAUGAUUUUACUUCUUUAGUCACUUUUAAGAUACUUUAUCUCUUAUUUAGGCACCUUUACAACUUGAUUUUCUCUUUUGUCACAUUUACGACAAUUUCCUCUUCUUUUGUCACAUUUACGACAAUUUUCUCUUCUUUUGUCACAUUUACGACAAUUUUCUCUUCUUUUGUCACAUUUACGACAAUUUUCUCUUCUCUAGACCCUCUUUCUCCACAUGCUUACCUUGAUCCCAAUGCUCUGCCACUCAGCCAAGCGAAUGAGUUUCAGAUUUCUUUCUAAGACAUGUACAAAGGAAAGUGAACAAGAAGAUCCGUAAAUCACACAUCUGCACUGCUUUGGGCUUUGUGUCUAUGAAGGUAAAGUAUGUAUGUAAAGAAGGUAAAGAAGGUAUGUAAAGUGGACUUACUUUGGAAUCUAUUUAGUCGUAAACCUGAGGGAUCUAGCUGACACCUGCUGUUAUUAACUAGGGUAACGAUACUGUCCCGUUACGCUAUGUCAGUUGAAAAUAUAUGUUUAAGAAUUAAAGAAAUAAUUCAAAAAUA